AUGUCGAGCGCAGCCGCCAGAUCGGAGUCGGGCGCUGGCCCGGCCACCGCUCAUGAGCUAGCCAUGCAGCAGCCACCGCAGCAGCCACCGCAGCAGCAGGAGGUGGUCGCCGCCGCGGCUGAGGUGCAGGCGCCACCACCGGGAUCAGUGGUGGUGGCCGCGGCUGAAGUGCCUGCGCCGGUGGUCGUGGCCACGGCUGAGGUGCCCGCACAGGCGCCCGGGGCGGUACUCACCAUCGUGAUCUCGAAGCCGGAGGAGGAGGAGGCGCGCGAGCAAAAGGGCGUCGCUCCGGCCUCUCUGCCCCCUCUGGAGGUCGGGGAUGCCAGCGCCAUGGUUGCCGUGGCGGCCGCGAAGGAGGCAGAGCUGGCGAGAUCCGACAGCUUCGACGAGCAAUGCAGAGUUUGUCAGCAAAAGUCAGAAGAACCUUUGGUAGACCUUGGAUGCAGAUGUCGUGGUGAUCUUUCAAAAGCUCACCGCACUUGUAUUGAUGUCUGGUUCCGUACUAGAGGUUCAAACAAGUGUGAGAUAUGCCAGCAAGUUGCUGUCAACAUACCUCCUCCAGAGACACAAGCAAGUACAAGUUAUUGGGUUUGGAGGGUUGAUUCAGCUUAUGGAAGGGGCCGAGGAGGACGUGAAAGGGGAUGGUUUAGCCCACUCUGGGUUGCAUUUGCAAUUCUGAUUGGUGGUCUAUUAUUGGAUGUGCUGAUAUCUGUUUCUCUUGGUGUUUCCGCACUUCCUGUGAACAUAAUAAUUGGUGUUCUGAUUGUUCUCGGCUUGGGCACUGCCCUUCGACUAGCUCUCGAGUGCUGCCAGGAGUUUGGCUCGAGGAGAAGCAUGCCAAGGAUGGAAAACAUGGCACCCAGUGGGUACCACCCCGGAGUAUAG